AUGCCUCAAUUAUCUUCUGUCUAUUUAGAAUCCCAAAGUCCAAUGAAUGAGAUAUUCUCUCCAACGAAUGUCUACUUACCAAUCACGAACUUAACAACACAAUAUCUCGAAUUCUCUGAGCUACUUCAGAUCCUUCACGAUCUUCCACUGUUGAAUUGUCUUAAUGUAGGAUACAUUAAUUCAGAAUACGAUUCUGAUGAAGACUUAUCUAAUCAAUUGUGCAAUGCUGUUCAUUUGCGAAAACUCAAUAUCAAUGAGUUUCCAUAUUCAUUUGAAAAGAUCAAGAUGUUAUUGCAAUGCACACCUAAUUUAGCCCAUUUAGCAUUAUCCGCCCACAAUAACUUGAGUAUGUUCGAUGCUCAUCAAUGGGAAGAUCUGAUAGUAUCAUCAUUACAUAAUUUGAAUGCAUUCAAAUUUUCUUUUACUACCACUAAUGCUAAUAAAAACAUAAUGUCGAAACUGAAACAAUUUCGAACUGAUAGCCACUCAUCAUUGUCUUAUUCCAUUCAAGGUCCAGAUACCAUUGUCACGCGCGAUCGAAAAAUGUCUAAUGCCGGGAACAACCAUCUCGCACAUGAUUCAGUGGCGGCGUUACAGUUAGCAUUGAUGUACUCCAUUACUAGUAACGUCUCCUAUGCAGCACUAGCAACUAGAAUCCUGGUAUCGUGGACGAACACAUUGGCCAUUAUCAAUGGUUCGGAUGCGCAACUUGCAGCUGCUUUAUCAGGCACACAACUAGUUAAUGCUGCCGAAAUCAUACGUUAUACAUAUCCCGGAUGGUCUUCUGAAGAUAUUUUCAAGUUCGAAAACAUGAUCGUGAACAUCUUCUAUCCACCUGCAAGUCAGACGACUCCAACCCCGGAGCAACAGUAUCCAUUUGAAGCUAAUUGGGGCACAAGCGGUGAGAAAGCAAUUAUUGCUUUCGGGAUUUUUCUCAAUAAUCGAACGAUGUAUCAGUAUGGAAAAAGUCUUAUCAACAGUUCCAAGUGUGCAAACUUGACUGGUACAAUCAAUCCCGAAGGUCAAGCGUCAGAAUCAGGAAGAGAUCAAGCGCAUACACAACUCGGUCUGGGUAACCUAGGAGAAGCCUUCCAAAUGGCAUGGAACCAAGGCGAAGACUUAUUUUCACUUGUUGAUAAUCGUUUAUUAGCUGGCUUUGAAUACACAGCAAAAUACAAUCUUGGUUACACGGUUCCUUACAACGAGAGCUUCUAUCGAUGCGACGCUUUCCUAGUUGGCGGACCCUGGCCAAUUAUAUCAAACACCACUCGUGGUAUGUGGCGUCCUAUCUGGGAACUUCCGUAUGCUCACUAUGGUUCGAUUAAGGGUUUAUCAAUGCCAUUUACUCUCCAGCAAAUCAAACGCAAUUCUCCUGAUGGACCUAAUCCUGCCAGCGCGAUCGCGGACAAUGCCGCCUGGGAGACUUUACGCUUUCGUCUCGAUCCAGCCCUGUAA